AUGUAUGAAAUGUCUACCGAGUGUGGCCAACUAUUGCGGAGACACAUUGAUCAGCUCCGUAGGCACAUGCUCCCGGAACACACAAGUACGGAAGGUCCGGAACUUCAGUCAGGCCUCGAGGGAAACGCACAGGCACCACCCGCGCAGACCCCGACUGUGCGGGAGCAGCAAGACGAGGCUCCCGUUCCUCUGGCAGGCGUGGAAGAGGCCCCAGCUGCCAGCGCUGCAGGACCUGAAGAGCCUCUGCUGGUUUCUCAAGAGACAUUCAUUCGUAUGUGGAUGUGUAAGUGGUCAUCAAUGGGAACUGUAAACUGCAAAUCCUCUGACGAGCUAAUCUUUUCAGAUUUACAGGCCAGGGACAUCCCAAAGAAAAAUCAACAUGUCCUCUCCUUGGUGUACACCGUGAAAGAGAUCAAUAAGAACCCCAAUAUUUUAGCAAAUAUCACUCUGGGGUUCCACAUCUAUCAUAGGUACUAUGAUGAAAGGAUAAACUAUCAGAGCAUCCUGAGCCUUACUGCACUGCAGAAUAUGCCCAUCCCAAACUACAACUGUGAGAUCCAGAGGAACCUGGCAGCAGUAAUCGGGGGGCUCGACUCAGAAACAACGCUCUCAAUGACUAACAUCUUACCCAUUUAUAAGAUUCCACAGUUUACUUUCUCCUUAUUCACUUCAGAGAAACACGACACAGUGAAGCUCCCUUCCUUCUACCAGAUGGUUCCCAAUGAAAGACAUCAAUAUAAUGGGAUUGUCCAGUUACUUCAGCAUUUCUCAUGGAAGUGGGUUGGGAUCUUUGCACCAGAUGAUGAUAAAGGAGAGGGUUUCAUACAAAUACUGACAAGAAUGCUUACUCAGAAUGGCAUCUGUACAGCCUUUACAGAAAGGAUAAUAGGCAGGGAUUUUUCUUUCCGGGAUCCAAAUAUUAAUGAGCGUUCUAGGAAUCUAUUGCUUUCUUUAAAUAAAUCCCAAGCCAAAGUUCUUGUCAUAUAUGCAGAAAUUCAGGCCAUGACAACUUUAACACUGUUACUAAAAACAGCAGAAAUAUCAGAGAUAACAAUAGGUAAGGUAUGGAUCAUGACAGCCCAUGAUGAUUUGGAACUGGAGACAUUGAGAUGGUCUUUCAUAAGACAAACUUUCCAGGGAUCUUUAUCCUUUGCAGUUCACUCCCAUGAGGUUCCUGGGUUCCAGAAUUUCCUUCGGCUCUUAAGUGUUCAUUGGACAAAUCGACGCAAAGUUUUCAGAGUCUUUUGGAAAGAGGCAUUCAACUGUUUGUUGCCAGAUUUCAAGGAUGUCAAGAUCAGUUGUCCUAGGGAAGAGGAACAGAAGCUCCUUCCUGGCACUCAUUUUGAAAUGGGGAUGGCUGGCCGAAGGUACAGCAUUUACAAUGCUGUCUAUGCUAUAGCACAUGCUUUGCACAUCAUGUACACAACCACACUCAGGCCCAGACCAGCAAUGGAGGGACACAAAUGGAAGGCUCUCAAUUUUUCACCUUGGAAGCUCCAUUAUUUCCUGAGGGGCAUCUCAUUUAACAACAGCGCCGGAGAGGAAGUGACCUUCGAUAAAAGUGGUGAAACAAAAAGUGGAUUUGACAUUACAAACUGGGUUACCUUUCCAAACAAAUCCUUCUCACGGGUGAAAGUAGGGUGGGUGGAUCCUCAGGCUUCACUGGGCAGAGAGUUCGCCAUUAAUGAAGAAAUCAUCACAUGGCAUAGCACAUUUAGUCAGGUGCCACCUUCUUCCUUGUGCAAUGAGAACUGCCCUGCAGGUUACAGCAGGAAAACACAGGAAGGGAAGCCAUUUUGUUGCUAUGAUUGUGUUCUUUGUCCCAAAGGAAGGAUUUCAGACCAGAAGGACAUGGACAAUUGUUUCCCAUGCCCAGAAGAUCAGUAUGCAAAUAAACACCGAGACCAAUGUCUUCCCAAAGUUUCGAACUUCCUUUCUUAUGAUGGAAAUCUGGGCAUCAGCUUAGCUGUCCUGGCUUGUUCCCUUGCUCUGAUCACAGCUGUGGUUCUUGGCAUCUUUGUUGAGCACCGAAGCACCCCCAUUGUUAAAGCCAACAAUCGAGGUCUCACUUACAUGCUACUCAUUUCAUUAAUUCUUUGCUUCCUCUCCUCAUUGUUAUACAUCGGCCACCCUGGAAUAGUGACCUGCCCUCUCCGACAAAUAGCUUUUGGUAUCAUCUUCUCGGUGGCUGUUUCUUGCAUCUUGGCCAAAACUAUCAAUGUGGUUGUGGCCUUCAUGGCCAUCAAGCCAGGGUCCAGAAUGCGAAUGUGGAUAGGCAGAAGAUUAACAAACUUGGUUGUUCUUUCUGGCUCCAUUUUUCAAAUAGUUAUUUGUACCAUUUGGCUAUGUACUGCUCCUCCGUUUCCAGAUGUUGACAUGCAGUCUCUGGCUGAAGAAAUUGUUGUAGAGUGUAAUAAAGGGUCAGUGGCCAUGUUUUAUUUGGUUCUGGGGUAUACAGCAUUGAUGGCAAUGGUCAGCUUCCUUGUGGCUUUCUUUGCCAGGAAGCUGCCCGACACCUUUAACGAAGCCAAGUUCAUCACUUUCAGCAUGCUGGUAUUUUGCAGUGUCUGGAUAUCAUUUGUUCCAACUUACCUGAGUUGCAAAGGGAGAUAUAUGGUGGCCGUGGAGAUCUUUUCGAUCUUGGCCUCCAGUGCUGGCUUACUUGGAUGCAUUUUUGCCCCCAAAUGUUAUAUAAUUGUCCUGAGGCCUCAUCUCAAUAGCCAAGGACAGCUGAUACAGAGAAUUAAGAGUUAA